AUGCCGACUGAAGCCAGUGGUACAUUUUAUAAUGUGAAAACAAUCGAUAGUUACGUUCUUACAGUUUCCGAGGUUCCGAGUGAUAUAGAGAGGACGCAAUGUGCUCUGAUGUGUCACCUGGCUAACUGUGAUGCCUUUGUGAUAGAUGCUGACGAUCACACGUGCAAGUUCAUGCAAACAAAUAGUAAUCCGUAUGAAAACCUGUACAUUUCAAGAGAUAUCGGGAUGUGUCACUCGUUGCCAGCGGGGAGUCCUUCAGAUGUGUAUACUAUUACAACUAGUGAUUCCUUGAUGGCUGACGUGUUUUGUGACAUGGAUACUUUGGGCGGAGGAUGGACAGUCAUACAAAACAGAAUCGACGGCAGUCUGGACUUUUACAAAACAUGGGAAGAAUACAAGCAAGGAUUCGGAUUCCCCUAUGGUGAAUACUGGAUUGGAAACGAGAAUCUGUACAAACUAACCUCGUCAGGUUCGUAUGAACUCCGCAUAGAGAUGGAAGACAUUACAGGUCUUUCCAAAUAUGCAGCAUAUUCAGUCUUUUCUGUUGCAUCUGAAAGUGAGAAUUACUCGCUGGCCGCAUCCGGAUUCACUGGAACUGUGUUUAAUUCAUUAUCAGAUCACCACCUUAAACCGUUUAGCACCUGGGAUCGCGACAAUGACGAAGCGAGUACAAGCUGUGCAACUACCUAUCAAGGUGGUUGGUGGUACACAAAAUGUCACAAGUCAAACCUCAACGGUCCGUACAAACCAGCAACUGUAGAUGACCCCAAAGCCAUGUCGUGGUUCAGAUUCGUAAGCGGCGGAGGUCAUUCUGCUCUGAAAUCAUCAAAGAUGAUGAUACGUCCGUGUUAA